AACGCUUAAUGUUUCGUCUCCUGACUCUGAAAAGCUAUAUGCAACGAAUAUAACAUUUUAUUUUACAAUUACUUUAACCGAAAUAUCCGUCCCUGUAACAUAACAAGCGCUAGUGCGAGGCUAAAAUGAUAAAUGAAAAGCUGAGUUUGACUUGUGAUUUACUCCUUUCGCACCAGCAGCUCGCUUGCUGUCAGUCUUACAGUGGCAUACCCCACCAUGGCAAGAAUAUGCUCAUUUACAACAAUAAGGAGACGCAACAGAAGCCACUGCAGCUAACAGGUCACCAUAAUGAAAUUAGUGCCAUGACCUUUGGAAAAAGAAACAACCCCGUCUUCCUCUGUUCUGCCUCUUCUGACUAUAUCAUCCUCUGGGAUAUUGAGGCAUGUCAGAAAAGAACAGAAGAGGGCAAACCUGCAGUUGGAAUAGUGAUCGGGACUUUACUGGGAAAUGUUGUUCAUCUCUCAUUCUGUUUCUCUGAUGAACGAGUUGCUGCAUGCUCAGGAACAACUCUGUACGUUCUCAGUCCAAAGAGACAGGAAAUUAUUUGCACAUUAAAGAGCCACCUCGGACCUUUAACAUCUGCAGAGUUCUGUCCCUGGAACGCUAGUAUUCUUGUCAGCACCUCAGAGGAUCGCACUUUUAAGGUUUGGGAUUUAACAACUGAAGCUAUUUUCUACCAAUCCUUUGUGCUCUCAGGUAAAGGCUGGAGAAAAUUGACCUGUGCAUUCAUUACAAGGUCUCCUCUGCUUAGCAUGUUGUUCCUGGAAAAGGAACAGCAUCUUGUCACCGGCUCAACAGAUGGACAGGUUUGGUGCUUUUCUUUUGAUGAUGACCACAAAUGCCACCUUGUGAAAAAAAUGGACCUUCAGAAGAUGGAGAAAAGACAUGAAGGUCGCCAGGAGACUCUGAGUCAUCAAGGAGGUGUUGCUGAAAAAACAAUUACUGAUAAAGUAGAGAUCUCAAAGCCUGUCAUCCAAAUGGCUUCAUGUCCCCCAUAUACAGAAAUCCAUUUUGACCAAGAAAUAGACAACAGCUGGUUUUGUAUAGGAAGCUCCGACGGUCUGUAUGUGGUGGAGCUGGCUACUUCUGAACUCCUAACAGUGCUUUAUUUCAAAGAUAACCCCACCCUGAGCAUCACAAUGGCUGGAUCCUGGUCAAUUUGUGCAGGGUCUGAUAAGUCUGUGGUAGCUCUAGUGAGCUCUUUGUUUAAUCCAUGUGUGGUCUUGCUGGAGUUGUGUUUGAGUAACCUAAGGAGGACAGGAGAUGGUGGUGGAGGCUUUUCUGUCUUUCCAAGUUCUCCUCCAUUGCUUGAAUCUCCUCUGAAUGCUGAGGUAAAGAGGAAGGAACCCAGCCAUCCUAAAAAGAAAGGAGGUGUAAAGGAAAAGCCUCUAGUGUUUCACUCAAAAGUGAAAUCAUCUGGAUACACCACCACACCAAGAAUGUCUUUGUUUUCACCAAAAACAAAUGCUCAGAGAAAAACAUCUUCUACAAAGCCUAUAAAACAUUUAGGUUUACUCCAGAGCAACUACCCAGAGGACAGUGCAGCACCAACUGAACCAUGUAUUGGUCUCAACAUUGCCAACAAACAAGUCUCGUGCCUUCAAUAUUCAGGUGAUGGAAAACAAAUCCUGUGUGGUCUUGGCGACCGGUCAGUGUUACUGUACAAUUCCCGCCUUACUGGAAGUCCAACUGCCUACAUAGGUCAUGACAAGCCAGUGACCAGUAUUAGCUGGAGCCUCUGCAGACAGUGGUGGCUAAGUGCAGCAGAAGAUCUAUCUCUGCGAAUCUGGACCAACUCCUGCUCCGAGCCUGCCAUUAUCAUGGGUGGCGAUAUGUUCUCCAAACCCAUUAGAGGUGCUCUGUUUUAUUACCUAGACAAAUUUAUACUUCUAACAUCUGGACCUUCUGUGUACUUGUACCUAUAUAACUUGGACCUCACUCGUGUUGACAUAAAAAGAUAUAAGCAGCGGAGUGUCAUCAAACUGGCAAGUUGCUUAACGCCAUCAGCCUCAGACAUCACAGCCUUAUCUGCCGUCAAUGAUUUCAUCUCAUACAUUGUACUGGUGUGUUGUUCAGAUCGGUCCAUUCAAGUUCUAGACAUGAACAAAGGUGCAGUUGGCUCUGUGCUGCCUGAUGCCCACAGCAGAGCUAUCCAUUGCAUCACACAGAACAAGGGCUCCACAUUCACCUCACAGGCUCCAGAGUCAUACAACUUAUUCCUCACCAGUGCACUUACAGAUGGUGUUAAGAUGUGGGACCUUCGCACAAUGAGGUGUGUGCGCCGCUAUGAGAACCAUGUGAAUCGCUGCCACCCAUGCUCCUCAGCCAUUUCACCCUGCGGCAGGUUCAUCGCCUGUGGCUCGGAGGAUAAAUGUGCCUAUGUGUACGAUAUCCGUAGCAGCACCUACCUCCACAAGCUUCAGAGACACUCAGACACAGUACUCAGCGUGGCUUUCAACCCUGCAACACCAGAGCUGUUAACAGGAACCUUGGACGGGAAGCUACAACUGUUUCACUCCAGCAUAGGGUCCCAUUUAUCCGAUGAUACCAGCGCUGCUGUGCAUUGCAUCUCUAACGUGACUGUGUAACAACAGCUGGCUGCAGGAAUGACCAUGCAGCAUUCAUUAAGGCACCUGAAAGCCACAGGCAAGGAUUUUAUGAAAAACAAAGAAUUUAUGUAUUUUGUUUCUACUGCCUUCAGCUCAGUGACGAUCAAAAUGUAAAACAUUAGUGCUCUUGUGUGUUCAGUUUUGUGUGCUAUGUAUUUUGAAAAUAAGCAACACAUUACAGCUUGUUCAGCUUAGCUAAUCUCCCUGUGUUUACUUAUUUCCAUCUGACUGAGAUUCAAAGGAAUGUCAGAGUUCACUAAGAAAGCCUUUGUUCAGUUAACCACAGUAAUGUGAUGUGCCUGUAUUUGACAAUUGGGACGAAAUUUGCCAAAAAAACAACAUUAACAUAGGUCAUUCUAAUUACUUAAACAUUUAGAUGCUUAAGCAUCACAAUAAUUAUUGUUACUUACUGUAUGUGGAACAGAUGUAUACUAUCACAGGCGGAGACCACUAUUUAGCAAAUCAGCACAUAGAGCCAUGACAUCAACUGGGUGCAACCUUUUGACUGCCAGGAACACAGAUGCUCCUACUGUUCAUACUGACAAAACAGUCUUCAGUUUCUUUAGCUGCAUAUUAACUCUUUUCUACCUGAAGCAAAAGUAAUGAGAUAAAUAUUCAUGUUCACAUGUUAAAGUCUGACAGAGCUUUGUUGCUAUAUUGACAGGGUUUUUAUUGUUCCAAACUGUUAAGCAAUUAUUUGUUUGCUUUUCUUCAAGUUAUUUUUGAUUUGUUUUUGACUAGUUUCUAUUAAGAUUUCUAACGAGGACAAGAAGAAAGCAAUACAUGACAAGUUUAAAGGAGGAUAAGUAUUUCUAUUUUUGUUUUCAGGAUUGCUUAAAUUAGUUUUGUAUUGGCGUACUUAUACACUGUAUAACUGUAACUUGUUUACACAAGGUAAUGUAGGCUGUUCAUAUUGAAAACAAUAAACUGUAUGCUAUAUCAGCGAUGAUGGCAGUAUUCA